AUGGAUGAAAUUACAAAAAACUUGAUAUGCACUGAAAAACCUAUUCUUUUAGACUCUUCUACUGACAGUCAGUAUGUGAUUAUCGACUGGUAUUUACAACAACAUGGUAGUUUUAGUAGUGGACGUCGAUCACGAGAUAUUUCUUUAACAGAAUUUUCUUCGACUCAACAAUUAAUAGAAUAUUUAAUUAAUUAUAUUGAAAAAAAUUAUCAACAUGUCAAUAUUAAUGAUAGAGACUAUCACCUUAUUGAUCUUUGUCGAAUAGCUUUUGAAGAAUCAAAACAAUUUUUAAUUUCUAAUAAAAAUGAAGUCUCUCGAGUAACUAGUCGACAUAUAUGGCCACCAAAUCAUAAAUUGUUAUUAGGCUGUUUAAUAAAUGCGUAUAUUGUUAGUACAACUGAUAAAGAACAAGAAAAUACGAAUAAGAAUUAUUGUUUAAUUACUCAAUUAGGUAAUUAUCCUACACAUGUCAAAUUUGUUCGUGGUAGUUAUAGUUUACGAGAAGAAAUUUUCGAAAGAUUUAAACAUCCAUUUCAAACUAAUUUUGAACCAUCACAAAAACAAAUCGAUUUAUUUAUUGAGAAAAGUCAAAUAUUAGCAAUACAACAAUUUUGUCAUUAUAUAACAACUCAACAAUGGCACGAUCUUGAUAGUGAGUUCUCUGGUGUUCUUGUAGAUUUUAUUAUUGUGGGAGAUCCAUUUUUAUUUAACUAA